AUAACUGGUACUCAAAUAACUCAACUAUAAAAGCCUGACUCCCUUCCCCAUCUUGCUCACCCCAUUUCCAAAGUUUAUAAUCUCGCUUCCUUGCUUGUUUUCACUAGCUACUAUCAACGCAAAAAUGUCUGCCCAGAUGAGAAAGUUGUCUUCCUCCAUGGAAGUCAAGUUAGAUGCAAAUGUCAUUCAUGAAAUCUUCCGUGACCGACCAAAUGACACUUCUCGUAUGAGCCAAGUCGUCAGCAGCGUCGAGUUGUGUGAGGGCCAGUGGGGGAAACCCGGAUCUGUCGUCCGCUGGAAUUUCUUUACUCCUGAUGGAAAGAAGUUGACUUCAAAAGAAAGGGUUGAGGUGGUGGACGACGCAAACAAAUCAUCGACGUGGAGGGUGCUUGAAGGAGAUGUGAAGGCGGUGUACUCCAACUUUGCCUUCAUAGUCAAGGUUGAUAAAGCUGGUGAAAACAAGAGCGUGGUGACGUGGACAAUGGAGUAUGAGAAGCAAGAUGAGAGCACCCCAGAGCCUAAUGGACUCUUGGAAGCCUGCCUUCGUCUGACUAAGGAUAUGGAGGCUUACCACCUCAACAAAUGAAACCAAUCUUUUAUAUCAAAAUGGUGAUCGAUUCACUAUAUAUGGAGUUUGAAAGUACUUUAAUAAUCUCUAUUGUGAGUAUAUGUGAUAUUAUGUGUGUGAAUAAAAUGCCUCGUACCGAAUGUAGGCAAAACUGAAUCCAUGUACUUUGCUUUCUCUUGUGAAAUUAUAAAUUCUAUGUCCGUUAUGUUUGGUUUUACUAAUUAUUUUCCGUGUCGGUGUUAAUCAAAUUCAUUGUUGCACUCUCCACAGGUUAUAGUUGAGUCAUAUUAAGGAUUAAUUCAUCCAUUUUAACUAGUUAUCUCAACUAUUAUUGUGACUACCGCUCAAAAAGAGAUUUGUUGUAGAUGAUAAAAAAAAAUAUAUCAACUAUAACCUGUCCAAUAAAUUACUCUUAGAAUUCGUUUUUUUUUUUACCAAAAAAGAAAACUUGCCGUCAAAUUUAUAGUUUAUUAUUAUGGACAAACUCCUAAAACGCUCACGAUGGAUGAUUGUCCCUUCUUUGACCCUAGAGAAACAACGAUUUUACGAAAUCCAUCUUACCC